UUUUCUGAAUUGCUUUAUGAUUAGAGCAGUCACAUGCUGAGGUAGGACCCCAUUAGUGGGUUUAAAUCAUCUGUUUGCUUCUGAAAACGUGCACUGUUAUGAGCUCUGCUGAGUAUCCUUCCUUUUCUUUCUUAAUUUUCUUUUAUUUUGUUUGUUUGUUUGUUUGUUUUUCUGUUGCAGGACAGAACAUCGCAGUCCUACCGGUUUGGAAGAAAAAUAUGGAAUGUGUUUCACUGCUGACCGAAGGCAGCCAAAUGAACAGUAUUUAUAGUAGUUCGAAAAUCAGCAGUUAGCAGUUUCUUCACAUUCUAACACUACCCAGCACUUUCCAGAGAGAACUCAUUGUUUACAAGAAAUCUGCUUUCCAAAUCCGUUGUGGUGCCCUCCAGCCUUGACUAUUAACUAUUUGCAAAGGGGAAGCUAAUCUACAGUUUGGGGAAAGAUGGCAAUGGAUGAGUACCUGUGGAUGGUCAUUGUGGGUUUUAUCAUUGCUUUUAUUUUAGCUUUUUCGGUUGGUGCGAAUGAUGUUGCAAAUUCUUUCGGAACGGCUGUGGGCUCUGGUGUUGUUACUUUACGCCAAGCUUGCAUUUUGGCUUCAGUUUUUGAAACCACUGGCUCAGUAUUACUGGGAGCAAAAGUAGGAGAAACAAUUCGGAAAGGUAUCAUUGAUGUCAACCUGUAUAACAACACUGUCUCACUGCUGAUGGCAGGAGAAGUGAGUGCAAUGGUUGGUUCUGCUGUUUGGCAGCUAAUUGCAUCGUUCUUGAAACUCCCAAUAUCAGGGACCCAUUGCAUUGUAGGUGCUACGAUUGGAUUUUCUCUGGUGGCAAUUGGUACACAGGGUGUCCAGUGGAUGCAGCUUGUCAAGAUUGUUGCCUCUUGGUUUAUUUCCCCACUGUUAUCUGGCUUGAUGUCUGGAAUCCUCUUUGUGCUGAUCAGAUUCUUCAUUUUAAACAAGGAAGACCCUGUGCCCAAUGGCCUCCGCGCACUCCCCGUGUUUUAUGCUGCUACAAUAGCUAUUAAUGUGUUUUCCAUCAUGUACACUGGGGCACCAGUACUGGGACUGAUACUGCCAGUGUGGGCCAUUGCUCUAAUAUCAGUUGGUGUAUCCUUAGUAUUUGCUGUCUUAGUCUGGAUUUUUGUGUGUCCCUGGAUGAAGAGAAAAAUAGAAAGCCGGUUAAAGAAAGAUGCUGCACUGUCAAGGAUAUCAGAUGAAAGUCUUGAUAAAAUUCAGGAUGAAGAAACACCAGUCUUUAAAGAGCUUCCUGGUGCCAAAGCAUCCGAUGAGAGCACGAUUCCCCUUACUGGCUCAGUAACAGAAGCUGCUGGGGCAUCCGAUAAUAUUGCAAAUGGAAACCAUCCACGUGUACCAUAUGGAAGGGCAUUUUCAGUGACGCACACCUCGGUGAAAUCACCUGUUUCCAAUGGCACCUUCAGCUUCGAUGGCCACAUGAGGAGCGAUGGCCACGUUUAUCACACUGUGCACAAGGACUCAGGUUUAUACAAAGACUUGCUCCACAAAAUACACCUGGACAGAGCCAAUGAUGACAGGCCCACUGCAGAAAACAACUACAAACUCUUAAGGCGCAACAACAGCUACACUUGUUACACUGCUGCUAUUUGUGGCAUGCCCGUGCAUUCCUCCUUUAAGGCAGUGGAUACAUCUACUCCAGAAGACAGUGAGAAGUUGGUGGGAGACACUGUUUCCUACUCCAAGAAGCGAGUCCGCUAUGACAGCUACUCCAGCUAUUGCAAUGCAGUGGCUGAGGCAGAGAUUGAGGCGGAAGAAGGUGGGGUGGAAAUGAAGUUGGCCUCUGAACUCACAGAUCCUAACCGGCCCCCCGUUGAUCCUGUGGAAGAGGACAAGGAAGAGAAAGACACCUCUCAGGUCCAUCUGCUUUUCCACUUCCUCCAGAUCUUAACAGCCUGCUUUGGAUCCUUUGCCCAUGGAGGCAAUGAUGUCAGCAAUGCCAUUGGUCCCCUUGUUGCACUCUGGCUUAUCUACGAGCAAGGUGCUGUAAUGCAGGAAGCAUCAACUCCCAUCUGGCUGCUGUUCUAUGGAGGUGUUGGGAUCUGUGUGGGUCUCUGGGUCUGGGGAAGAAGAGUUAUCCAGACUAUGGGUAAAGACCUCACUCCAAUCACACCAUCAAGUGGAUUCACUAUUGAGUUGGCUUCGGCGUUCACAGUUGUGGUAGCUUCCAAUGUUGGACUUCCUGUCAGUACUACACACUGCAAGGUUGGCUCCGUGGUGGCCGUUGGCUGGAUCCGCUCCAAGAAAGCUGUUGACUGGCGCCUUUUCCGCAACAUCUUCCUGGCAUGGUUUGUGACUGUGCCGGUGGCCGGCUUUUUCAGUGCUGGGGUGAUGGCACUGCUGAUGUACGGGAUCCUGCCUUACAUUUGAGGAGCUUCCUUUCCCGGGAAAAGCUGAAAUGGCCAAGCUACUACCAAUGGGAGACGUGUUCCCAUGAAAGAAGCAGUCAGAGAGGAUCCAUCUUCCAUACCUAUCUUCUUAUCUACUGUACAUAACAAUGUGUCAUAUUGGUGACAUGGUGAUGUGGUGCCAUUUCUUAUAUAUUAAAGAAAUAUAUGCAUAUAGUAGGUAACAAUACCUAAGUUAUAUCAUCAGUGGGGUGAAAAUAAUUGCCUAGAACUUAAUAUUUAGUAAAAUUUGUACAUAGUGUAUCAUUUUGGUGGCUAUUUUUUAAUCUUUCGAAGAAGAGUAUGGAUUAGGAAAUGUUUCUUGUACAUUUGAUAUAAGAAGAAGCGAGGUACAGGACUGCAUAAUACAUGAAUUUUUUAAAGCUAUUAAGAUACUGGAACAAAAUAAAAUGUGCAGAAGUGCUUUUCAUAAAAUAACUUUGUUCAUAUCAUAUUGAUUUUUGUGUAUCAUAGUGUGAUGGUUAUGGCUGUGUAAAAACUUAUGAACGGUAAUUUUUAAAUGGUGCAUUUCCCUUAUAUAUUUUGGAUAAGAAAGUUUAGGAAGUACCAAAGAAGCAGGGGAAUAGCUUGCCAAUAUUAUGUUGUUGUCUCCACGUGUGUUGUGUUUCCCCACCUCUGAUUCAACAUUGUUUUCACCAAGCUCCAGCCACCGAGGCUGGGAGAGUACUGUUCAUGUCUUAAUGUAACUUUAAAAAAAAAAAGCGCACACAAAAAUUAGUUCUUGUGAAUUAGUAUGCAGCCCAUGGCUCUCCACAUUAGCUGAUAGUAAACUGACUUCAUUUUGUGGGUUGAUACUUGAGUAUGUCACUGCUCACUUUCUACCUUUCCCCUUCAAGUCUCAGCUCCUAGUUGCCCUGCUCUCUAUUCCUGCGGGAGGGCAGACCAUCAGCCUCCCCUCCUUCUCUCCAUCCAGACACAAGCACACUCUCAGGUACAGGAGCAGGGCUGUGGAGUGCACAGCACCCCUACGUACAGAAGCGAAGGGCAGCAGUGGGCAGGAAAGGGCUCAGCCCUGGAUUUGUGCUUGGAGGUAAUGGGCACCCACGGGAGUGCUGAUCCAUGCAGGGGAGGAUGUGAGCAAGUACUGCAUCCCCCACCCCCGCAAGUCCGAUCUCAGCCACCGCUAGCCAGCCUCCUGCUGUGCUUCCUACAGCAAGGAGGGGUGAGAGCCUGGCCCUGUGUGGAUAGAGGUAGAAUGGUAACCAGCAUUUGGGAUGAGGUUUUUUUUCAUGGUGGCUCAGGGGAAAAUGGCCAGCUCCAUCCCCUGCAUGCCUUUGGAAAGCACAUUUGAGUGAAGGUUACUGAGUUGUGGGUGGGAGGCAAAGGGCAAGGGGUGCCCACGGGAGGUUGGGAAUCUAUUACUGUUUAAAUGCUGCUAAAAUUUUGAUAAAAUGUUCUUGGUACUCCAUUGUGAUUUGUCCAUUGGUCAUUUACACCAAAUUUAUAA